CGACAAAUCAUCUCCCCACCUACACCGACAUGGCUGUUACUCGACGCAUCUCCCUCAAAAAGACCAAGGUCGCCAAGCCGAAGAAGACGUACAAGCAAUGGACUGAAAGCGACCUCCUCAGAGCAAUGACUGCUGUUAAGAAUCACCAGCUCUCGCUGAAUGGUGCCAAGCGUGUCUACGGUAACCAGUUCAAGAUGACUAUCGCGGCCAAUCUGUUCGUCCCCAAGGUUCUCGACACUAGCGUCCGUGCACCUGCCAUUAUCGUCGGCAACCCGAUGGGCGCUGUGAAGGAGCAGAGCACCAACCUCUACGCCACCAAGUUGGCCGAGCAGGGCUUUGUCACGAUAUCGACUUUCAGCGCUGUCGUCGACUAUCUCACGUUGCAGGACUUUAUCGACCCUGAGCGUAUCGGCGCGCUCGGAAUUUGCGGUAGUGGCUCCUUUGCGAUCAGCGCGUCCAAGAUCGACCAUCGCAUCAAGGCGGCACAGAGUGUCGAGCAACGCAAGGCCGCCAUCGCUUCUGCGACGCAACAAUGCUCGCUUGAGGCCGCCGGUGGCGAGCGGGCGUCGUGCGGCGAGUGCACACCUCCGGGGUUUUCCCGUAACGUGGCAACGCACCCGACCCUCUCCAGCAAUGUGAAGUCCAUGAACUUCUACCCGUUCGACGACAUCGACACGAUCUCGUCGCGUCCGUUGCUGUUUGUGUCUGGUGACCAGGCUCACUCUCCCGAGUUUGGCAAAGAUGCGUAUGCGGGUGCGGCUGAGCCGAAGAAGCUCUACUGGGUGCCGGGUGCUGGUCAUGUGGAUCUCUACGUCCGUGUGGACCUCAUCCCUUUCGCUAAGUUUGUGGUACUUUUCCAGCGCCGGCUUGCCUCGAACAACACGACUGCUCAGUAG